UCAAGUCUCGACAAGGUGCCCGUCCACAUCCGGGGAGUUUAUUCAAAAAGCAUCAGACAACCGAUGAAAAUGUCAACGAUUUACAGGAAGUUUUCUUAAAAUUUGGGUGUUACUUAUCAUUUUUCACACAUACUUUUGGUUCAUUGGAUUUAUUAAAUAAUUUAUGGUGUAUUUUUUGGAUUAACAUAACAAAUAAACUAUGGGGUGUGCUACUUCUUCCGACGACAAAGCGGCAUCGGAAAGAUCAAAACAAAUUGACAAAACACUUCGUGCAGAUGGCGAAAAGGCAGCGAGAGAAGUAAAAUUGUUAUUAUUAGGUGCUGGUGAAUCUGGAAAGAGUACAAUAGUUAAACAAAUGAAAAUUAUACAUGAAAAAGGUUAUUCCCAAGAAGAAUGUUUGCAGUAUAAACCAGUGGUCUACAGUAACACUAUCCAGUCAAUGAUGGCCAUUAUUAGAGCAAUGGGACAACUGAAAAUUGAUUUUGGUCACCCAGAUAGAGCUGAUGAUGCUAGACAGUUAUUUGCCUUAAUGGGUAAUGCUGACGAGGGUGAGCUGUCACCAGAACUAGCAGCUAUCAUGAAAAGACUUUGGAAAGAUUCUGGAGUAACGGAAUGUUUUAGUCGAUCAAGAGAAUACCAACUAAAUGAUUCAGCGGAAUAUUAUUUGAAUGCCUUAGAUAGAAUCUCUCAGCCUUCAUAUAUUCCCACAGAACAGGAUGUAUUGCGAACCAGAGUUAAAACCACAGGAAUUGUAGAAACACAUUUUACAUUUAAAGAUCUACAUUUCAAAAUGUUUGAUGUAGGAGGUCAGAGAUCAGAGAGAAAGAAAUGGAUUCAUUGUUUUGAAGGAGUAACAGCCAUUAUAUUUAUUGUAGCCAUGAGUGAAUAUGAUUUGACAUUAGUGGAAGAUCAGGAAAUGAACCGUAUGAUGGAGAGUAUGAAAUUAUUUGAUUCAAUAUGUAACAACAAAUGGUUUACAGAUACAUCAAUCAUCCUUUUCCUCAACAAGAAAGAUUUAUUUGAAGAGAAAAUUAAGAAAUCCAAACUUACACUCUGUUUCCCUGAAUUUGCAGGUGACAAUAAUUAUGAACAAGCAGCUGCCUAUAUCCAGUUACAAUUUGAGAAUCUGAACAAAAGGAAAGAUACGAAGGAAAUCUACACCCACUUUACAUGUGCAACAGAUACAAACAAUGUACAGUUUGUGUUUGAUGCGGUCACUGAUGUCAUCAUUAAAAACAAUCUUAAAGACUGUGGACUUUUCUAAGAAGGAUACUUACAGUUAGUGACAAAAAGAACCAAUAAGGCUUGAGGAGAUGUGUAGACAAUGAUAUUUGUGUAUAUAAACCAUGUAAAUAGUCAUGUACAGACAUGCUCAUAAACAGUGAUGCUCAUUUUGUAUAUGUUGUGCAGUCCUUCUAUUUAUUAUAUCAGAAAGGGUACACAUUGCUGAAAAGGGACCAGAUUAUUUUUUUACCUUACUGUUUUUCUUUUUCUGUUUCUAUAUUUUUACAAAAUAUAUUUUAUGUGUUCUUUUAUUGAAUAGCUAAGAAAAUUAUGAGACAUUUUAUUUUUUAUAGUUGAUGAAUUUUGUUCUUUCAUCGAUAAAUUUUAACUUUUAAAUCAAAAUCAUGGAUUUCAAUUUUCAUACAAAUGUGGACAGAGUUUCAAAAUUCUUUAGUUGAAAGAAAAUUAAAGUAAUUUUUUUAUAACAAUGGUUACAAUCAAAUAUAGUACUUUGUAUGCAGGGAGCAAGGUAUAAAACAUACAACUUCAUUCCUUAUAUAUAACUACUUAAGAUAUCAUUGAAAGGGAAAAAUAAAAAGAUCAUAUACAUAAUUCACAUAAGUAUUGGUAUUAGACUUAAGCUUCAUAAAUACAUUGAGCCUGGAACCUACCGAUAUGUCUUGUAAACUUGAAUUAUCACUUAGAACCUAGAACAAAGUAUUUAGCUUAUAUUGCACACAAACAGAUCAAACAAUAACCGUACACGAUUAAUAUCAUGCUUUAAAAUGAUGUUGCAUCCAUAUAUUUAUUAUUGCUGAUUUUUCUCCUUCUAAGAAUUGCGAGAAGUAUUUAAAUUCAGCAUUAAUAAAUUUGAAUAAUACAUAAACAUAAAAAAAAAUGCUUACUAUUCCCUUAGUAACAGUUUGAAUAUUUGUGGAUCUUAUCUAUGUUGAAAAAAUAAAUAAAAAAAUCUGCAAACGCUAGUUUGAAUACGAAAACAUGUCAGGAUUAUAAUAUAUACUUGAACGGUUAAUGCAGUAAAUGAAUUUUAUCAGAUUUUGACCAGAUAUUAACAAAAAAGUUAUUUUGAUAUACUUAUGUCAUAAGGUUUUAGUUACUUAUUUUGAUGUUGUGAUGCAAUGUACUUGCCUAAAAAUAUAUUUAUCCAUCUUAAUUGCUUACAGUGCCAUGACUUGCUUUGUAUGUCUUUGAAAAAUCAUGCUAUCAGUGUUUCUUUUCUGAAGAGAAACAUACUAUAUUUUUAUUUUAUUUGACAAAGACCACCAUGACAAAACAUCUGUUAACAUGGUUACUGCCAUAAACAGAUCUCUGUUUUCCACUGUUUUGCAUUGCAGAUUACUUUAAAAGAUAUUAAAAUUGUCAGGAUUUUUUUUUUGAAAGUUGAGCAUUGAUACACACGUAGGCAAUUAAGAAGAAGUGCAAUAUUAUUAUUAAUUUCUUUACUAAAUAUUCCUAAUUGUAAAUAUCUGUUGUAUAUUUAUAUUGAAUAAUUCUUUGUUUCUAUCUUUAACUUCUGUCAGAGAUAUGUAUUGUUAGAAAUUCUUUUUUUGUCAUUCAUAAACUUCAAGGUUUUGUAUAUUUUCAAAAAACGAAUGAUUUUUUUUAUUUCUAAUAUAUUUACUUUUCAGGUAUAGAUAAAAGAAAGUGUAUUCAUUAAAGGAAUAUAGAACAAAAGUAAAAAUAUAUGAACAAAUUUUCAUUUUGAAACAAUGUUAUUUAAUUGUGUAAAGUCUACUAUAUUAUUUUUGUUUGUAGGGACAGAAAACCCUCCAAGGGAGAACUUCAAAUUAUUUGAUUUCAUCAUUUGAAGUGAUUUCCGUGAUAUCACUGAUUGAAGUGAUUUCCGUGAUAUCAUUGAUUGAAGUGAUUUCCGUGAUAUCAUUGGAUUUCCGUGAUAUCAUUGAUUGAAGUGAUUUCCGUGAUAUCAUUGAUUGAAGUGAUUUCCGUGAUAUCAUUGAUUGAAGUGAUUUCCGUGAUAUCACUGAUUGAAGUGAUUUCCGUGAUAUCAUUGAUUGAAGUGAUUUCCGUGAUAUCAUUGGAUUUCCGUGAUAUCAUUGAUUGAAGUGAUUUCCGUGAUAUCAUUGAUAGAAGUGAUUUCCGUGAUAUCAUUGAUUGAAGUGAUUUCCAUGAUAUCAUUGAUAGAAGUGAUUUCUUUGAAGAUGUAACUAGAAACUGUAUUAUAUUUUGUGAAAAGAGAAGUUCUUUUGGUUUUUUAUAUCAUUCCAACUAUACCAGUACUUUUUGUACAAGUUCGAGAGAUAUUUAUAUAUCAUUAUUCAAGACAAAACCAAUGUUAAAUAUAAUGGUAUUGUCAUUUUUGUGUUGGGGGAAUGUGUAUUGCUCUAAAUUCCAGAUGAGCAAAAUAAAAUGAAAUGGGAAAAUAAAUUUGAAUUCAUGUGAUCAUUAACUGCAAAAGAAUUGAAGUAUUUUAAAUUAUUGGAUUGACAUAUACAUGAAAUGUAAAACUUUUGGAUGUUGAGCAACAUUUAAAUAAUUUGCAUAAUUAUUUUAAAGAGAAAAAAUGUUAUUCCUUAAUUAUAUACUUGAAAGAUAAAACUUUUAGAUAAUGAGUUAAAAUUGCAACAUUUCAAUAAUUUGCAUAAUUAUUUUUAAAAGAAAGAAAUGUUAUCCCUCAUUAUACAAUAUAAUCUACUUAUAAUAUGACAUUCCAAAACUUUAAUAAAUGCCUUUGACCUUGUUCAGUAAAUUGUAUAAAUGGCAAGUGAUAAUUAAUUUGAACUUUGUAAAUGUAAUGAGUACUUUUGAAAUGCCUUUGGAAAAAAAUAAUUAUUUUUUAUAGGGUUUAUUUGAUAGUGAUAGGAAAUUUCAAUGUUAAGAUAAGUAGUUUUAAUACUUGAUUAUCACUGAAUCAUUGCACAUAGUUAAUACCUGUACUCUACAGGAAAUAAAAGAAAUGGGAUGGAAUAGACCAGUGGUUUGGUUAAUUUUAACUACAGUUAUAGUUUUCGGGUUAGGGAACAGUAGUAGAGCAAAAUCAACAAUUUAGUAAAUCAUUUCGUUUAAUAGAUGUAUACUAAAGACAAAAAAUAAAAAUCAUGCUUAUUUUUUUUUGGAUAUUUUUAGAAAAACAGCUUUUGUCUAUAUUUUUAUAUUAACAGUAUUAUCUAAAUAUUCUGCUGGGAAUUUUUCUGUCUGCUUAAAUGCUUUUCAUGUAAGCGGUAAAAGUUAGAAACAAUAUUUUUGGUGAUUUAGAAUAAAAAAUAUUUGAUAACUGAAAAUUCUAUAAUUGAAUUCUAUUACUUAUAGUUCAAAUGUGCAAACAAUUGUGAAUUAUCAGUGAACUGUGUGAAUGUUGUACUACUCAUGGAUGUAGAAAUAAAGCAUAAAGUCUUGUGA